CUGGAGGAGGGCCGUGAAGCGGCGCCGGCUGCAGAAGCGGCGCGAGGCCCUGGCCCGCCGGCUGCCCCUGGCCGUGCCGCACUUCGCGGCAGCGCUGCUGCACAUCUCGAGGCUGCUGCAGGAGCUGCGCGCCGUGCACUGGCUGCCGCAGGACGCCGCCGCGUGCCUCUCCUUCCCCGCGCUGCAGCUGCGGCUCGCGCAGGAGAGCAGCCGGGCCCAGCGCCUGCUCCGCAGGUUCUUGCUCCUCUGCUCAUCCAUCCUGGAGCUGGCCGACGGCGUCAGGCGAGAGGCUGUUCUGCGGGUGCUGCUGGUGUUCGACGCCGACGGCCGCCUGGUCCCGCACCCCUCGAGCGAGCAGCUGCGGAGCUGCCUCUCGGGCGCCCUGCGCCGCGUCGUGGACUCCGUCCUGCAGGUGACCCAAAAUACGGGCGAGAACCCAGAGACGCGCGCAGAGCAGGCCGGUGCAGCCCGAGAGGGUCCCGAGGAGCAGCGCGUGGCGGGCGACACGAGGGCCGCCGCGGGCCUGAGGGUGACUGGCCACCAGGUGCGGAGCCACUAUCCGCUGCCGUCGUGGGAGCAGCUCGCUGAGGACCUGCGCAAGGACAAGUGCAUCCAGGAAGCCGCUGAGGAGCAGCGGGCUUUGCUGGAGGCGGCACUGACGGAGGUGCAGGAGAUGUGCCGGGAGCACGCGUGGCUGGGCGAGAUGCACCGCGUGGCGCGCAGCUGGGGCGCCGCGGAGCGCGAGCGCAUGAGGGGCUGGCCGGCCGAGGACUGCGCGCGCCGCGUGGCGCAGCUGCGCGCGUGGGCAGCGCGCGCCGACGCGCUGCCCGCCGGCAUCGUCACCCGCAACCGGCUGCUCCUGCUGGACUGCAGCCGCAUCCGGGCCGAGAUCGGCCCCUCGCUGCUGCUCAUCACCGAGGAGAUCCUGGCGCUGCUGCUGAGCGAGGCCGCGCGCCGCAGCCGGCGGCUGCUGGCGGAGCUGGGCGCCGUCGUGCAGCUCUACCGCAGCGUGGGCACCGACAUCGUCACCGUGGCCAAGUGCUCGCACCGGCUGCAGCAGUUCCGGGGCCGCACGGAGGAGCUGCAGCAGCAGGUGCAGCACGUGCAGGCGCUGAACGCGGCCGUCCGGCGCUGCUUCCGUCCGCUGAGCGCGCAGGAGCAGGACCUGGAGAGCACGCUUCUGGACACUUGGGAGGCUUUUGUGAGCCAGCAACAGAAGGUGUCAGACUUCAUCACUUCCCGGCGCCUCACCAUCGUUGAGGAGCUCGGCGCGUCACUGCAGAAGAGCGAGCAGGAGCUGCAGGAGCUGCUGGCGACGGUGACGUCCGGACGCUUCGUGGAUCCCGCGCAGAACCCCUGCGCUGUUGAGAAGGAGCUGCAGGAGCUGCAGUGCUCCCUGCAGAGCACGGACGUGCGCGUGGCCGAGCUGCGUCGCUCCCAGAUGAUCCUCACAGGUGACUGCACCGACGUGUCCCUCGUGGCYGAGACUCGCGCGGUCAUCGACGCGUCCGGACGCGUGUGGCGGCUGCUCCACGUCAUCUCCGAGCAGAUCCGGGACUGGAAGUGCCUCAGGUUCACCAAGCUCAAUUGCGCCUUGGCAAUGGAGAAGAUGUCGGAGUGGCAGAGGGAGCUGGCGCUCGCGGCAGCGUCCCUGAGCGCCGAGCACGCCGUCUGCCAGGCCUGCGCCAGGAUGAUCGCCGACUUCCAGGACUUCGUGCCCCUCAUCCAGAAGCUGAGCAGUCCRCUCAUAAAAACCAGCUCCUGGAAGGAGAUCUUCUUGGCGAUGGGCCUCACGUGCCCCAUCAGCCUGCACUUCACUGUAGGCCAGCUGAUGUCCUAUCCGCUGCUGGAGCACCACGGCACGAUCUGCAGGAUCUGGUCAAACGAGCAGGCACGUCACAGCUCCCGAGACAUGUGGCACCAGCUGCAGAGGAUCUGGAGGGAGAAGAGCUUCCGCCUGGUCAACUUCAUCCUGAAAACAAAAGCUCCCGAGUGCUCCUCGCAUCCAGCCACCCAGCCCCUCGAGCAAGAAUACCUUUCCAAGGACAGCGGCACGUACGUCCUGUCUGGUGAGUCCUGUYGGGAGCACAGGAGGGGCCCAGGGGCGAGCCCCGCUGUUGCUUCGGUCGCUGUGAACGCAGUCGUGUCCCCCAGCACGCCGUCCACUCUCCCCAGCUCCUUGUCCUCCGCAGACUCGCGGGCUGUGCACGCGUCAAGUCAAGACCGAUGCAGCUCCUGCCAGCUCCCUGUUCCACAACAGGCAGUAAUUGUACCUGGAAUUCUGCUCCUGGCAUCGCAGGACACCACAGAGCUCAAAGCCCUGACGGAGAGAAGCCUGUUAACGCUGCAGAACAUCGGCUCCUCUCUGCACGCUGCACAGAUCCAGGAUGAGGUGGACACCUGGAUUUUUGCCCUGAGGACCUUUGAUACUAUUCUGGACGCGUGGAUCAGUUUCCAGCAGAAGUGGAUAUUUCUGAACAAAGUUCUGUAUGAGAUGGACAUCAUCCUGCCCAGCAGUGAGCUGGACGGCCUGUUCCAGCAGCAGGACGGCUGGUUCCGGGAGCUCAUGCAGGUGACGUACAGGGACCCGCUGGUGCUUUCCAGCGUGAUGCCCGCGCCCACGUCUCGACGGGACGGCCAGCUCGUCGGCGCUGCCCUGCACGCCGCGCUGAGCGAGGGUGCCAGAGCCCUGCAGUCGCUGGUGGACAGCGUGCAGUACGUUUUGGAGGCGGCGCGCGUCAGCUUCCCGCGCCUCUUCUUCCUCAGCGACGCCGAGGCGGUGGCCGUGGUAGCGGCGGCCUCCGAGCCGGCGGAGGCGACGGCCUGGGCCUGCCGCUGCUUCCCCGGCGUGCGCAGCCUCCUCUUCCACAAGCCCUCCGUCGCCGACCACGCCGAGCUGCUCACCCUGCAGCCGCCGGCACAAGCCACGAGCCUGGUGGGCGCCUACGGGGAGACGGUGCCCUUGGAUCCGCCGCUGCCGCUGGCGCCGAGGGUGGACGGCUGGCUGUGCGCCCUGGAGAGCUGCGUGAGGGACACGCUGAGCAGCCUGCUGCAGGAGUGCGUGGCCGCCAGCCUGGCCCUGCGCCCCCUGCUCCACAAGAGCUUGGAGCGGCGCGGGGCCGGCCGCCAGCUCCCGCUGCGGCUGCUGGCCGAGCACUGGGGGCGGCUGGCGGGCGCCUUCCCGGCGCAGUGCGUGCUGCUGGCCGACGAGGCGCUCUGGUGCUGGGAGCUCGAGGGGCAGCUGCUCGGCGCCGAGCCGCAGCCCGCCCUCCAGCUGAAGCUCCAGCUCCACGUGGAAGCCCUGGCCGGGCGCCUGCGCGGGGCCCAGGCGCGCGACGUGCUCGCCCGCCUGCUGCGGCACCGCGUCCGCUCGCCCGCCGCCUUCGAGUGGGCCGCGCUGCUCAAGUACCGGGUUGCCCUGCACCCUGAACGGGCCGCGGCGGCGCAGGCGCCGGCGGCUGCGUGGGCCGCCGGUCCGCCCGGCUGCUGGGCGGAGAUCCUCGCCGCCCGCGUGCCCUACGGCUACGAGUACGUGGGGCCCGGCGCGCGGCUCGCGGGCAGCCCGCAGCUGGAGCGCACCGUGCUGGGGCUCCUCCUGGCCCUCGAGGACUUCCGCUGCGCCGGCGCCCUGGGCCGCUGCGGCGCCGCCAACGCGGCCACGGUGCAGGGGCUGUCGCGGGCGCUGGGCCGGCACCUCGUCGUCCUGCAGUGCUCGGCGCGGGUGCCGCUGAGCUCCCUGCGCCGCUUCGUGCGCGGCGCCGCGCAGGCCGGCGCCUGGCUGCUGCUGGAGGCCGUGGAGCGGCUGGAGGCCGGCACGCUGUCGGGGCUCGGCCGGCUCCUGGCCGACGUGCAGGCCGGCUGCGCCGCCCUYGCCAGCAGGCAGGGCCCCCCGGCGCCCAACGCGGCAGCCGAGCGCAGCGGCAGCCCCGGAGCGGAGGAAACGGGGGGCAAGGGCGCCCCGCGCAGCGAGGGGGCCGGGGCGCUGCAGCCGGGCGAGCUGGGCAAGAUCCUCCUGGASGGAAGCCUGGUCGGCGUCAGGGAGACCUACGGCUGCCUGGCCACGCUGCGGCGCGUGCCCGAGYCGCUGCAGCUGGCCGUGCGCCCCGUGGCCGUGCUGGCGCCGGAGCCGCGCCGCGUGCUCGAGGCCGCGCUGCUGGCCAGCGGCUUCCAGGCGGCCGCGCGCCUGGCCGACAAGCUCGCCGCCUUCCUGCAGCCUGCGGGGACGGGGACGGGGACGGGCGCCAGCCGCCUGGCCAUGCUGCAGCAGGCGGUCACCGUGGCCGGGGACCUCUUGUCCCAUGGGGCCGCGCCAGAGGCCACCGGCCUUCAGGCGAAGGAGGGGGACCCGUUUCAGCUCCCCGUGUUCAAGCACCUGACGGAGGAGCAAGCGCUCGUACAAGCCCUCUGCUUCUCCCCUCUCCUUCACGGCCACGUGAGGGCUAAGGAGAGCAGCGUGUGGGAGCUGCUCCGAGGGAUCUUUCCAGCCUCCUGCUCCGGGCUCGACGCGGACUUGGCGGGGCUGGUGAGCGAGCUGCACCAAGCGCUGCUCGUGUCCACGGCGGUGCUCCUGGUGGGCCCGGCGGGCAGCGGCAAGACCACGGCGUGGAGGAGCCUGGCGCGGCUCCUGGGCCGSCUGGCCAGGAGCAGGCCCUGCGAGGCGGCGCCGCGCGCGGGCCGGCAGUGUGCCGCGGAGGGACGAGCGUUCCCGGCCGUGAGCGCGCUCUGCCUCUGCCCGCACAGCCUCAGCACGGCCGAGCUCCUGGGCGGCCACGGCGCCGGGAAGGACGGAGUCCUCCCCAGGACGCUGCAGAAGCUGGCGGCCGCGGCGGCUCYGGGCGCCCAGCAGUGGCUCGUGGUGGACGGCAGCGCCUGCUCCGAGUGGCUGGAGCCCGUCUCGUCGCUGCUGAGCGGCGGGGGAGCCCUGGGCCUCCCCGACGGCCGGCGGCUGCAGUGCCCCGCGAGCGCGCGGCUCCUUUUCGAGCUGCCCGACCUCUCCGGCGUCUCGCCCUCCGUGCUCACGCGCUGCGCCCUGCUGCACUUCGGUGGCUCGGGGCUCUGGCAGGCGCUGCUCGCCUCUGUGCUGGACCCCAUGAGCAGCCUGUACAGCGUGGAGCGGCGGAGCGUGGCCGCGCUGCGCGGCCUCGCCGAGGAUGUCUUCCCCGCCACGCUCGCCUUCCUGCAGCAGAACUGCUGCUCGGCGCUGCACGCGCACCCCGAGCUGCGCAGGACGGUGGCUCACGGCAUGGCAGAGGUCGCGGCCUUUACCAGGAUCCUGAAGGCCUUGCUGGACCAGCUUCUGCGGCGGGACGGGGAGCGCCAGCCUCUCAGCGCAGAGAGCCUGCAUGUGCGAGCCAGCAUCUGCUCCAUAGUGGGAGAUGCCUUUUCCUGCCAGUUUUUGGAUGACUCUGUCCCUGCCCAUCACCACCAGCUCGCCCAGAGCAUCUUUGUGGUUGCCUACGUCUGGGGCUUCGGAGGCCACCUGCAGCCCAGGUGCCGGGAGCUCUUUGGGCACUUCGCCCGCAGGGCGCUCUACAACAGCCGGCACCGAGUGGAGCUGCCGCCGGCCUGCUCGGCCUUUGAUCUCUACCCUCAUCCUGGCGACGGCAGCUUGAGGACCUUUGACGGGACCUACCUGCACAGCAGAGUCAAGGGGAUCCCCAUGUCCUUCUCGGUGCUGCCGCAGCACGAGCGGACGCUCUACGUGGUGGACCUGCUGCUGGGCUCGCAGCAGCCCGUGCUGCUGGCCGGCGAGCCCGGCUGCGGCAAGUCGGCCUUCGCGGAGGCGCUCGUGGCGCCCGUGCACCCCUUCCAGCGCACCGCGGUCUCGCCGCUGCUCGGCGCCGGACACCUCCGCCACAUCCUGGAGAGCAGGAUCGGGGGCCAGGCGCCCCGGCUGGCCCAGCACCGCGCCUCCCUUUCCCGCGGCAGCAGGAGCGCCUGCCUCCUGCUCCUGGAGGACCUGCACACGGCAGCGUUUGAUCCCAAGCGGGCCAGUCAUCCCGUAGCCGAGACUUUGCGUCAAGCCCUGUCCCACCAGGAGGUCCACAGCGCCACGAGCCUGGAGCUCCAGCGUGUCUGCUCCGCACAGAUCAACUUCCUCGCCACAGUGGCCGCGCCGGUGGCCGAUGUGCAGCCUCUCUGCGCUCGCCUCGUGAGGCUCUUCAGCGUUCUCUCGCUGCCGGCGGUCACCAGGSAGUCCCUGCUCGGCUGCCACGCGCCUCCGCUCCAGGGCUGGCUGGAGAAGUUCCCCUUGCUCUGCAGGCAGCACGAGCUGGCCGCUGCCGUGGUCGGGGCCACCGUGGACCUGUACGAGGCCGUGCGGGCGAGGUUCUGCGCUUCACCCGCCCGCUGCCCCUUGCAUUUCUCCUUCCACCACAUAGAGAAGGUCCUCAAGAGCAUGCUGAUGCUGCAGCCCGGUCCCAGGGUUCAUCUCUCCAGCCCCUUGGAAGACCCCAGCAGCAGCGUGGCAGCAAAGAGCAGCCUACCAGACGUGAAUUUCAGCAUGGUGUUGAGCACGCGGCUCGUUGUCCGCCUCUGGCUGCACGAGUCUCUGCGCACGUUCUGCGACCCUCUGGCCACGGCAGAGGAGCAGCAGCAGUGCAGGCAGCUGGUGCUGGACGUGGCCAAGAACGCGUUCUGCGCUGAGCGGCGCGUCCUCAAGGGCCUCGCUGGCAGGGGACACGGGUCCCAGGGCAGCGAGAGUGGYGGUGGUGGUCAAGCACGCGGGGAAGCCGGCGCUGAGGAGGACACUGAGCCUGAGAGCGAGGAGGAGCCCAGCUCGGAGAGCAGCAGCGACUCUGACUGCGUGGACGACGCCUGGGACCCUGUGGAACAGGCCCCUGCCCUGGCUCUGGACCCAGAAAACUUCUCUGCUUUCCAAGGGUCCCUCUUGAGGCUGCUGGUGCCUGACGUGUCGGAGACGGGCGGCAAUGCUCCUGCACAUUUGGCUGUGGACCAGCACAGCAGAACCAACGCGCCRAGAAGCCAGCUCAGGCCCUGCACAAGGCGAGACGCUGCCCGACCUCUGCUGCCCCCCCACCUGCUGCUGCUGCCCGGGGAGGACGUGCGUGACGUCCUGUUCAGCAGGCUCCCUGCGCUGGCCUCCAGCCAGGACACCUUGUAUCAGGAGAGGCGGUGGGACACCAUGCAGCAGCAGCUCAGCGCCGUCCUCCCCGGGGACGUGGAGCUGGGCAGGGAGGUCACCGAGCACUUGGUGCACCUGCUGCGGGUGCUCUCGGGCCCGGAGAGGCACGGGGCCCUAAUUUCCUUCCACCUUUGCACGGGGAGGAGGUCCCUGGUGGCGCUGGCGGCCCACGUCAUGGCUGCCCAACUCGUGGAGCUGAACAAGCAAGCAGGAGAAGCAGCGGUGAGGGAGCUGGUCAGGAAAGCCUGCUGGGAGGCCGGGGUCCAGGGCAGACAGACCGUGCUGCUGGUGCACCAGGGCGUCGAUGUGGACACCGUGCAGAAGGUGCUGAUGCUGAUGAGGGAGGGCACCUACCCCGACCUGCACGGCCCGGAGGACGUGGUGUCCAUUGUAACGGCACUGCAGCCGGAGAACCAGGGCGCGAGAAAGGCGACGCAGUCUGACGUGGUUAUCAGAAGGUUCCACCAGCUCGUGAAAAGCAAUCUGCACGUGCUGCUGCUGCUGGAUGGUCGCAGCGGGCAGCCGCAGAGCUGGCAGCCCUUCGGCUUCCCCGCGGCUACAGCCUGGGCUCUGCUGAGCAUGUCGUGCAGCACGGAGCUGUACUGGCCCUGGAGCCACGCCAUGCUGCAGCAGAUAGCUGCCCAGCGCCUGGAGGAAGCGCUGGGCCAGCCCCAUCUGCAGCGCCAAGCUGCAGGGUCGCUGCACGACCUGGACAAGUCCCUCGUUAACAUUGCUGCUGUCAUGGCCUCGAUUCACUGCUCCGCUCGAUGCUAUGCUGAGUACCUGGUAUCUGAUGUGCCCCUCGUCACACCAAAGACCUUCCUGGAGUUCCUCGACAUCUUCCUCCUGGUGUCAGCACAGUUCCACAGGAGGUUUCGUCAGCGGAUGGAUCGGGUGAAGCAAGCCUUAGCCAGGAUGAAGGAAGUGAGUCAGAAGCAGGAAACGUGCAGCCAGCACAUCGCAGACGUGCAGCGGGAGCUGAUCCAGAUCAAGGAGAGCCUGGGCUGGUACCGGCAGUGCGCGGGGCACAAGAAGGCAGUGCUGGCGCAGGAGGAGCAGGACUGCCAGGACCACAAGGCCCGCAUGGAGGUCCUCACGCGGGAGCUGGAUGCGCUCAUGCACACCAAGGAGGCUGCCCUGCAGCAGAUGACCACAGACUACCAGGCUGCGCGCGCCGAGCUCACCGUGAACCACAUCGAGGAGCUGCGCAGCUACCGCGCRCCGCCGGAGCCCCUCGUCCGCGUCACCGACGUCCUGUGCCGCAUGUUCAGGAGGGAGCCGGGCUGGGAGAGCGCCAGGCAGCUCCUSGGCCAGGAGACCUUCUACCAGGAGCUGCUUUCCUACCCAAAGGAGGAGAUCUCCAAGGAGCUGCUGGCCGUGCUGGACCACGCCGUGUCCAGCGGCAGCCUGAGCGCCGCCUCUGUGCGCCACGUCAGCGUCGCUGCCGCUGCUCUGUGCCAGUGGAUCUGCGCGAUCUACAGGUACUGCCAGGCUCUGGCCGUGUGGCAGCCCACGGUGCUGCAGCUGCAGCACUGCCAGCUCCGGAUCCAGAGCGAGAAGGGGUGGCUGGACGACCAGCGCCUGCAGGCCGCGCGCUUCAGGAAGCUCAGCCACGGCUGGACCGUGAAGCUGAAGCACGCCUUGGAGAGCAAGAGGCUGCUGCUCCGCGAGCUGAACCGCAGCCUGAAGGAGAAGGAGGCAGCGGCCGCCCUGGAGAGCUUCAUCGCGGAGCACGUGGCCAACUACACGGCGGCGGCCGAGCUCCUGGAGCAGAGGUUUGCUACGGUGCCUGGAGAUGCUCUGCUCUGCGCGGCAGCCUUAGCCUACCUCGGUGCCUUCCCGCCUCGGCGGCGGCAGGAGCUGCUUGGCAAGUGGCGCGACCUGUGCGCAGGCUGCCCCUGUGCGCCGGGGCCCGACGACGUGCAGAGGCUCAURGAAGAGGAGCUGCCAGGCCCCAGCGAAGCCUCCGCUGAUGCCGCCCUGCUGCCUGUGCGAGCCGACUUCGAGCUGCCGGCCCUGCUGAGCUCAGCGAGGGAGCAGCGCGCCUGGGACCGGGCCGGCAAGCUGCAGAGCCCCGACGGCCGCCACGCAGCCCUGCUGCUCCACGCGCACAUGCAGCACGGCUCUCGUUUCUGGCCCCUGCUCCUCGACCCCGACCAGCAGGCUCUCAGCUGGCUUGCCACGCGGGAAGGGGCGGGCACGGCCAAGGUCUCCCUCGGACCAGACCUCUCCCUCAAUGCCAAGGAGACGAGGAGCACGAUAGAGCUGCCCAGGAAAAGCUUCCGCGUGCUGUCAGCCACAGACCCCAACCUGGAGCAGAGUCUCCUGGCCGCCGCUGACAGCGAGAUCGACCAGGCCGUGCUCAAGCAGGUGAAGAUAAUCGACCUGAGCCUCAGCCAGGAGGACUUCGAAGCCCUGCUGCUGCAGGAGAUCCUGCACGUGGAGCAGCACGACGCCAAGGCCCGCGCGCAGAUGAUACAGCACAGCGUGUUCGAGCUGGAGGACAAGCUGGAGGACACCGAGGAGGCGCUGCUGGAGCUGGUGUCCGCGGCGCCGCGGCCRCUGCUGGACGACGAGAACUUCCUGCCCAUGCUGCAGAUGCUCAACAUGCAGCUCUCGGCGCUGCGCACCAAGCACGACUACCUGGUGGGGCUGCAGACGCGGCACGCCGAGCUGCAGGCCCGCUACCGGCCGCUGGCCCGCCUGGGCGCCGGGCUGCACGAGGCGCUGCGGCAGCUCUGCCGCCUGCACCCGCUGUACCGCUGCUCCGCACACGCGUCCCUGGCCGUCAUGCGCACGGCGCUGCUCUCCGUGAGGCGCGCGGAGGGCGGCGCGCAGGAGCCGCAGGAGGCGCAGCUGGCCGAGAGCAGCCGCGCCGUCACGCAGCAGUUCCUGGAGCAGGCGCAGGCCGGCCUGCAGGACAGGCACCGGCCGCUGCUGGGGCUGCUGGGGGCCCUGCAGCAGGAGGUCUGCGUCGUGGCGCUGGGCUGCCCUGGCGGUGCGGAGCAGGCCGGCGCGGCCCUGCACGCCUGCGCCCGGGCCGGCCGCUGGCUGGUGCUGGACAACUGCCACCUGCAGCGGCACUGGCCGCCCGCGCUGCUGGCCGCGCUGCACCGCGUGCUGGCGGCCGUGGAGGACACAGACGUUGCACCACAGCUCUCAGGCCCUGAGGAGGAGCACAAAAUCCACGCCAAAUUCCGGCUCUGGUUCAUCGCUGCUGCCCAUAGCGCCCAUGCUCUGCCAGGCCUGCUGCGCCACCAGGCCGCUGCCGUCUUCUGCGAGAGCCCGCUGGACGCGAAGGCGCUGCUGCUGCACGGCCACGCGUGCGUGCAGGGCCAGCCCGGCUGGCCGGGGCUGCAGCGGCCGGGCCUGGCGCUGCUGGUGCUGCACGCGGCGCUGCUGCACCGCCAGCUCUACGGCCGGCGCCUGCAGGCCGGGCGCUACCUCUGGACCGAGAGCGAGCUCCUGGCUGCCGCGAGCGCCUGGCAGCGCCUCCCGCAGCAGCUCUCCAACCCCGGCGAGGCGCUGGCGACGCUGGCAGGGUCGGUGCUGUACGGCGGCCACGUCCUGGACGCAGGAGACGCGGCGGCGGUGCAGAGCCUGGCCCGGGAGUGCCUGCAGCCCACGGCUCCGCUCCCGCCCGGCCCCGGCCUCCAGAGCCUCCUCGCCGCGCUCCAGAGCUGCUGCGGCCCAGGGGUGCCCAGCGCGGAGGCGAGCGAGGAGCUCCAGCGGCGCGUGGAGCAGCUGCCCAGCGCUGCGGCAGCCGCCGCGUGCGGCGCGGCGCAGGGGCUGCAGGACGAGGUGCUGGCGGCCCGCAGCCGGGCGCUGCUCCGCGACCUGCGCCGCUGCCAGGAGCUCUGGCAGCCCCCGGCGCCCCCGCCGCAGCAGGCCCUGGGGCAGCUCGCGGAGCAGGGCCUCGCGCUGCUCGUGGGGCUGCAGCAGGCCCUGCAGCUGCAGGCCUGGGAGGUGGGAGCCAGACACAGGGAGCGCGAGCCCCGGCCUGGACCUUGGCACCAGUUCCUGCUGCGGGAGUGUGGCAGCUUGCUGGUGCUGCUGCGGCAGCUGGAGAAGGACCUCAGCUGCGUGCAGGAGCGGCUCAGGGGGGGCAGCUGCCCGUCCCCCCGCUGCUCGGCCGUGCUGCGGGCGCUGCAGCAGGGCCGGCUGCCGCAGCCGUGGCGGCGCUGGGCCCCCGCCGGGCCGCCCGUCCCCGGCGCCUGGCUGCACAGCCUGCAGAGCCGCUGCCAGCUGCUGUGCAGCUACCUGCCGGCCGUGGGAGGGCAGCCCGUGCUGCUCUACCACCUCCCUGCCUUCCUGCACCCGCGCCGCCUGCCCACGGCCCUGCUGCAGGAGGCGGCCCUGGCCGAGGGGCAGGAGCUGGAGCGGUACCGGCUGGAGCAGCAGGUAGUGGCACGGGCACGGGCAGCGCGGGGCCUGCCUGCCACCCCUCCGGACACGGGCCUCUUGCUGGCGGGCCUGGAGCUGCACAACGGCGCCUGGGACACGCAGGCGGCUGCGCUGCACGACACCGACUCUGCGCAGCCCUGCCCGCUGCCCCCGCUCUGGAUCAGAGCCGUGCACAAGGAGAAACCUCUGGCAGCGAGCGGCACCCGGGCACAGUAUCACUGCCCGGUCUUCCUCGGCCGGCCACACGAGCCGGYGCGCCUGGGCAGCCCGCGGGCCGUGCUGCACGUGGCGCUGCGCUGCAAGGUGUCGCCGAGCCUGUGCACGCAGCGCCGCGUGCACCUCGUCAGCCACCUGCCGAGCCCCACGGGAGGAGAGGCUGGAGGCCACGCGCAGGUGAAGGAGGUCCGUGCUGCGGGAAAGCCUCUUCCCUCGCGGCUCCAGGCAGGAAAGGCUCACCAAACAGCAGGGGCGGAGAAGCAGGCCACAGGUACAGAAAUAAAUUGAUAUAUUAGUGUGUAUAAAACAUGCUGCUUCCUCUGUACAGUGCCCUUGGCGGGCGCAGGCUCCCCACAGGGAGUUCACACAUAUAUAAAUAAGGCCCAGACAGCUGCAUACAGUAUUUACAGCCCGCGGGGGACUAGUGCCUGCUCCGGGGCCAGCCCCACCAAGACCAGCUGCUACGCCCAGCCCGCGGGAUCCUCCACCCCAGCCUGGACUGGCCAGGUUCAUUUCAGGUCCACAUCGAAGUCCAGCACCAGCAGCUUGGUCUCCUCCGUGCCAUUGCGGCUGCCCACUGCACACACGAGCUUCGUGUUGGAGGC